AUGUAUCGAUCGAUAGUAAAUACAGAAACCGACUCAUCGUUAUCACCUCCACCUUCCUCUUCUUCUUUAACAACUGAAGAUGAAGAUGAUUCUUCAAUUUCAUCAUACCAACAACAAAAUUUUUCGAGUUCUUCAUCGUUAAAUUGUUCGGCAAGCACUUCACCUGUAAUCGAGGAAACCAUCGUCAAAUGCAAUGAUGAUAGCAUUCCUUCAUUAACACAAAGAGCGUCAGAGCUUCAUUUUAUGGUACAAAAAUUAAUAAAUACUCAUUUACCACAUCUUCAAACUAAAAUUUUAAAACAACAGGAUUUUACGAAAGAAGUAGAUGAUUCAUUUAUUUAUAAAGGUGUGGGUAGAGAAUAUCAAUAUACUUAUGACGCGAUAAAAAAAAUUGUAAAUGAUUCUUGGAUUUAUAAUUAUUUGGAUAUACCUCCAUAUUUUGCUGAUAUUUAUGAUACUACUGAUGGUUUCUUGAAAUGUGGAGUGGACGCUGAUGAUUUCUUUGUCUUUUCGGAAUAA